UGAGAAUGGAAAUCGAGACCAAGGAGAUAACGGAGCUCCUCAAUGACCCUUACGCUAGUUCAUCGCUUUCUCCCUCUCUCGAAUAUGUUGCGAUGAGAAUCUCAUCACCUCCAAGCUCAUCGGCCCGGGGUCUCUCGGGCAGCCAGCGCAACACCUUACGAGCAAAGGCAACAAAGAGAUCACCAUCUUCCCCUUCCAAGCGAUGCUCCCGCACCUCGAAGGAUUGCUCAGGGAUUGGCGUGGAUGCAAUCCAGUUUCUUGCGAGGUUUUACUUUCAGCUUGAAAGUCCCAACCAGCUUGGCUGGCAAAGCACUGGGCCAGCAGUGAUAUACCCUCAUCGUCCCAAUACUUGCGGCAUCACGUCGCCUUUGUAUUUCUCUUCUCCCAUCCAGAACAGAUAUUUUGAUGGCAGCGAAUACAUACCUGUGUGGAUGACACCAGCUUGGUGCAGCAAGUCAAGAGCGAAGAGAACCAGCUGCAAGCUCUGUUGAAGAUGACCCUUCUCCAGGGCCUUUUCUGGCGUAAGAUUGCGCAGGUCUGCCAAGGUCAUUCCGAGAGGAUUGAACAACAGGCAGCGAUGGGGUCCAUAUGCACACAGGUAAAUAUUGAUACCUCAGACAGCUUGUAAUACGAAGUACCC